AUGUCGACCCCUUCGACUGUCACCGCCACUCACCCAUCGCGUCACACCCACUAUGCGUACCCGCACCAGCCAUAUCACAACCCGGCCAAUUCCUACGUUUAUCCUACGAACACCACUGAAACCUCCUCCCAGCCUAAUAGUGAAACUCUCCCUCUCCUUGCGCCGCCAAAACCCAUCUCCACCUCCUCCAUAAACCAUUACCAGGCCAACAUGGCGCCCCACCAGACGCUGCCGUCAUCUUCUGCUAUACUACCUACUGCCCAAAGCCGGAGGAGAAAACCAGACUGGGCCGAAUUCUACAAGAAUGGGGUGCCGAAAGAAAUAAUAGUCAUCGACGACGAUGACGACGAUGUCCAUCCAGACAACGUGAACAGUCAGGAAAACAAUCCUACCUCCACACGCCAAAAUUUUCCACUCUCACAUACCGCUGCGCGGUCUGGCAUCGCGUCCGGCAUCAACGACAUCAACGGCACCUCCCACGCCGCCCCUGCAACCAAACGAAGACGGACCGGCAUGGAAACCGCAAUUGAUAUGUCAUACUAUGACCGGCCCACGUUCUCCAUUCACCCACAGCAAUACGGCGAAGAUUCGUCAGGCACCUCCGUCUCUACGGAUCGAACGGCCUCGCUGCACACGACUGCCCCAACAUCAAUGGGCUCCCACGGUAGUGACCCGUCAACCAAUAUUUAUUUAGAAGACACUGCUGCCAUUGGCCAGAAGCGGAAGCGGGUGGUGACUCGUAAAUCUGCUCGUGAUGAACAGAAACGGAGGGAGUUGGAGGUUUCUGGAGAUGCAUUUAUCAGUUAUAUACCCCCUCCAAAACCUCCCAUAAAGGCUAAAGAGGUGCCUGUGCCAGUAAUCCGAGAUUACCAUUCUAAAAACCAGAAGGUGGACGAUGAUGAUGGACACUACAUUGUCACCCCAAACACUGAUUUGACAGAGAGAUAUUCCAUUAUCAAACUACUCGGUCAAGGGACCUUCGGAAAGGUGGUGGAGGCAUAUGACAGACAAAAGAAGAUACGCUGUGCCGUCAAGAUUAUCCGGGCAGUGCAGAAAUAUAGAGAGGCCUCUCGGAUCGAACUGCGGGUGCUCUCCACGCUGGCCUGUAACGAUAGAGCUAAUCGCAACAAAUGCAUCCAUCUCCGGGAUUGCUUUGACUUUCGAAAUCAUAUCUGCAUCGUGACAGAUCUCCUUGGUUCGAGUGUCUUCGAUUUCCUCAAGGGUAACGGAUUCGUGCCAUUUCCAAGUAGUCAUAUUCAGAGCUUUGCUCGACAGCUCUUUACCAGCGUUGCCUUCCUCCACGAUCUCAACCUGGUCCACACAGAUCUAAAGCCCGAAAAUAUCCUCCUAGUCAGCAAUGCCUACCAAACCUUCACAUACAACAGACCUGUCCCAUCAGCUUCUCAUACCUCCUGUCGAAACGCCCGACAACGGCGUGUUCUCCUGGACAGCGAAAUCCGGCUAAUCGACUUCGGAUCCGCAACUUUUAACGACGAGUACCACUCGUCCAUCGUCUCGACGCGUCAUUACCGGGCACCGGAAAUCAUCCUGAACCUAGGCUGGAGUUUUCCCUGUGAUAUCUGGAGCAUCGGCUGUAUCCUUGUGGAAUUUUACACAGGUGACGCCCUCUUCCAAACUCAUGAUAACCUCGAACAUCUGGCCAUGAUGGAGAGUGUCUGUGGGGGGAAGCUCGAUGCGAAACUCGUCAAACAGGUUAUGCAGGGUCGUGGUGGGAGUGUCAAUGCAGCAUCUAAAUACUUCAACCGGAACAGACUGGACUACCCCAAUGUCGAAACGUCGAAAGCAUCAAGGAAAUACGUCCGUGCCAUGAAACAGCUCCAUGAAUUCAUUCCAGCGACGACUCCUUUCAACAAACACUUCCUCGACCUCCUCCGCCGCAUCUUCGUCUAUGAUCCCAAAUCGCGCAUCACGGCAAAACAAGCGCUCAAACACCCCUGGUUCAAGGAAUCGAUCAUCGAUGACGGUACCGAGGCGCUGAGGAUCGGGCAGCAGAUCCGUAAAGACCUUGCCGCAACAACAGUGUCGGCUUCGAAAUAGACGAUGUUGUCUACCUAAUUGUCUUCCUCUCUCCCAACUCUUAUUUCUCUUUUUUUACUCUUUUUUUAUAGGGACCAGGGUAUAUUAGUGAAUGAUUUGGUAUUUUUUAUCUAUGUGUGGAUUUCACAUAGUAUUCCAUAUGAGUGUUCAUGAAGUGAUGAAUGUUUUUCUUUGCCUGCUUAUCCACCCGCCCGUCUUAUGUUUUGUGCUCUGCCGUGCCUAAUAUGGGUGUUUUAAACCCACAACACACAACACACAACACACAACACUUCACGCCUCUGCCCAACAUUAUUAACAUGUUGGAACAUCAAAUACAGCAAGGACAUAGAACAGAUGAGAUGAGCAACAGAAUGGCGGGCAUUCUUGGAAGGGUAUUAAUUAGUUAUUGCUCCUUUUCGACUUGGCUAGGUUGGUUUAGUAUGAGGAUUUAUCCUAUUUCUCUUUAAAGGGGCAACCGGCUGGUGGUUGGAGGGUGAUGCGUAAUGGAAGUCCGGAGGAUGGACCGGAUGUUUGUUUAUUACUACGUGAAGUCCCUUUCAUGGGGAAUCAGCUAUAUAUAACAUAUGUCGUUUCUUGUACCUAGACUUAUGUUUUGUUUUUCCAAUUUCUGCAACUGUUAUAUAUAUAUAUAUAU